AUGCAACCGCGAGAGUCGACGCCCUUCGGCGUUGAUCGCGCUCAGCGCGCGCCGCCCCGCUCAGCGACGAACCAGAGCAAGGGGGUGGGUGGGACGGCAGAGGCGAAGUGGUCGCUGCAGCCGCUGCGCGGCUCAUUGCGCGCGGCCGCCCUCCCUGCUCCCCGCGCGCUCCCGCUCACUCCGCUCCCCCGUGCCCUCUCCUCUUCGUGUUCGUCUUCCCCCCUUCCGCCUCCGCAGCGCGUCAGAUCCCCGUCCACUCGCCGACGCGCUUCGACCUGCGGAAGCGACGGCGUCGCGGCUCCCUCUUCCUCCGCGUCGCCCCUCGUCCACCCACUCCAUACCCAGAGCCGCAUUCGUUCCCCACGCUCCGCUAUCGCGCACGCGCUUGCCACCUUCACUUUCCCCUCCCCGUUCCCCCCGCCAGCACCCCCGUGCAGGCAAGCAGGCUGCGCUGCAGCGCGCGCGCCAGUCCCCUGCGCAGCUGCGCGCAUGCACGGGGUGCGUGCGCGUGCAGGCGGGCCAGGCAAUGCAGCGGGGCGGACGCGGAGCACCGCUCCACCCGUAGGGACCAACGGCAUCUGCAAGAUCGUGCCGCCCGUGCUGCCCACCGUGCCCGCGGGGCACGUGCUGCAGCGCGGGCAGAAGCGCCCCUUCCGCUUCACCACGCGCGAGCAGCCCGUGCGCGUGGCGGCAUGCGCGCAUGGCGACCCCCCCGCCUUCCGCAUGAGCGGCAGAACCUACUCUCUCCCCGAAUUCGAGCGCAAGGCCGAUCGCUUCCUGGCCACACGAUUUGCCACCGACGUGGAUGGGUCGGGCUUCUCCUGCGACCCGCAUGACCCCCUCGCCUCGUCCGCCUGGAACCUCAACGUGCGCCCCGCCUGCUCCGCCCCUCCACUGCCCACCAUCGCAUGCCCUUCAUCUCCCCCUCACUGCACCCCUGCCGUGCCUCUCACUGCACCCCUGCUAUGCUUCUCACUCGCCCUCCUCCCCUCCUUUCCUCGCCUGCCCAUCUGUUCCCGUUCUCUCCCAACCCUCAACCCUGCCUCCCCCCAACAGCGCCUACCGCGCCUGCCUGCCUCUGUGCUGCGCCGCCUGCCCCUUGACAUUCCGGGCGUGACGGAGCCCAUGCUUUACGUGGGAAUGCUCUUCAGCACCUUCGCGUGGCACGUCGAGGACCACUACCUGUACAGCAUCAACUACCACCACAUGGGCGCGCCCAAGACGUGGUACGGCGUGCCGGGCAUGGCGGCUCACGCCUUUGAGGCCGUUGCUGAGCGCCACGUGUACGGCCAGGAGGAAGGCCAAGGGGGUCAGCUGGUGAGGCGGGAGGGGGAGCGUGCGACGAGGGAGGCGAGUGGGGGUGCGGAGAGCGACGAGGACGCUGCAAGGGCGCAGAGCGACGAGGACGCUGCAAGGGCGCAGAGCGACGAGGACGCUGCAAGGGCGCGUGGACAAGGUGGAGCAGACGGGACGGGCGCGUGUGUGCAGCGUGGUGGCGCGGGGGAGGGGAGAGGAGGAGGGCACGGGCAGGGGGGAACGUGCAGGGAGCAGGAGCGCACGCAUGGGCGACACGGCCAGUGGGGGAGCAGGAGGGGGGGGCGAGGGGGGCGAGGAGGGCGGGGCCGUGGGGGCAGGGCCAUGGGUGGGGGCAGGGCGGCUGCUGUGACGGGCGCACGCACGGCUGGGGACAGCUGCGGUGAGCCGGGGGAGGCGAAGAGGGCGGGUGGUGCAGGGGCGGGCGAGCAGGGGCGGUGGGGGGGCGGAGCGGUGGGGCGGGCGUGCUCGUUGCUGAUGGGUAAGACGACCAUGUUCUCGCCCCGCCUGCUGCUGCCUCAUGGCGUGGCCGUGGUGCGCGCUGUGCAGGCCGCGGGGGAGUUCGUGGUGACGUACCCGCGGUCGUACCACGCUGGGUUCAGCCAUGGUGAGGUGCUGGGGCGCUGUGGUGGCGUGGGGGACACGGGUGGGGCGAGGGAUGAGGAGCGUGAGCAGGUGGAGACGGGUGUGUGGCAGGCGAGGGCGGACGAGGGCGGCAGUGCAGCGAGGAUACAAGGGCGCGGGGUAGAGGAGCAGGAGCGGGGGAGAGGGCAGAGAGCAGAGAAGGCAGCACGGCAUGCAGUGGUGGUGUUCUCGCCGUGCAAGGAGAGCGGCCCGGGGCCCCCUGGGGGCCAUGGUGACCACGCCAACCAGCUAGGGCCUACACGUGCAUCAGCAGCAGCAGCAGCAGCAGCAGCAGCAGCAGCAGCAGCAGCAGCAGCACGUGGUGGCGGGGCAAGCAGCGGUGGGUGUGGCGUGCAGAUAGGGCGCUGUGAGGACGGCGGUGAUGCUCAUGCUCUUGACCCUCUUGCCCUUCCUCCCUCCAUGGGCAAUGCUAACCUCAUUCACCCCUCCAUGGGCAAAGCUAACCUCAUUCACCCCUCCUUGCCUCCUGCCUCCGCCAAGCCCCUUGCCCACAUUGACCCUUCUCACCCUACUCACCCCACUGAUCCCAUUGACCCCGUUCACCUUAUUCACUCCAUUGACUCCAUUGACUCCAUUGACUCGCGUGAUGCCAUGGAUGCUCGUCACCUCGCCCCAGCCCGCCUGGCGGCUCUGGGUGGCGUGGAGCGCGGCGCGGUGGAGCAGUUUGUGCGGCUGGUGGGCGAGGAGAGGCGCAUCCAGGCGGCCAUGGAGCAGCGAGGGGCCGUCGUGGCGCUGCUUCCAGAGCUGUCAGCAGCGCUGCCCUGCUCGCUGUGCUGCCGCCUCUGCCACCUGGCCGUGGUGACAUGCUGCUGUGUGCGCGACCCCAUCUGUCUGCACCACGCCAGCAUCAACAGCGCGUGUGGCUGUGGGCCGCUGCGAGUCAUCUCGCUGCGCCGCCACACGCCCGCCCUCCACCGCCUCGCCCUGCGCCUGCAACCCGCUCUCUCUGCCACCCCCACCGCACCCCACCGCUCUGCAUGCUUCCACCAGGAGCACCCCAUGGCUGGGAGGGCGGCAGCAGCAGUGGGCGUGCUGGCAGCGCUGGGACCAGCGGCACCAGCGCGGUGGGAUGAGGAUGUGGCUGAUAUCGAGUCACUCUCUAACGAGCAUGACCUGGAGGGGUUCUGUGGGGGGGCUGAGGGGGAGGGGUGGCUGAGAGGGGGACGGCGGAGUGGAGGGCAGGGGGUAGGCAUGAGCAGAGGAGAGGUGGAGGACGCAAUAGACGGGCUCACUGCGGGAAGAAUGGGUGCAGUGGUUGAGAGCGGUGACAAGGGGUGCAGAGAUGGCAGGCAUUGUGGUGAUGACGUUGACGAAAAGUCAUGCAAUGACGUGGCAUCCGAUGACGUGGCUUGUGGUGGCAAUGCUUGUGCCGUUCACGGCAGUGCUGCGCGGCAGAGGCACGUGAAUGCGAAUGGGAGCGCGGAGGAGAAGGCACAGCGAGGGCAGCGCGCCCACAUGACUGCGCUGGAGGUGCUCCUGCUGCCCGCGCCCCCACCUUCCCCCUCGCUUGCUCCUCCGCCCGCCGCCUCUCUGCCCCACCUCCGCCCACCCCCCUUGCUUGCUUCCCUGCGUGCUGGUCCCGUGCCCUGUCCCCCGCCACCCCCCACCUGCAUGCCCCGCGUGCUGGUCCUUCCCACCCCUCCCCGCGCCGCUGUGCUGCCUGACCCACGCUCUGUGGUGGCCGCUGAUGGGCAUGUGCACGGGCGGUGGCAUGGGGGAGAAGGAGUUCGCAGAGCAGCAGACGGACAAGGAAACGGAGUCCAUACGGCAGUGGUGGGAGGGGGAGAAAGGGAGGCGGUGAGCAGUGCGGGCGAGGUGGGUGGAGCAGGUGGGGAGCGGUGGCAGGCGGUGGUAGGGAGGGCUCGGAAGGAGGGGCGUGAGGAACAGCAGCAGCAGCAAGAGCAGCAGCAGUGGCAGGCGGAGGAGGGGGAUGUGGGAAGCGCGGAUGGGAAGGGGAAGGACGGAGUGGGGGAGGAAGGAACGGGGGAGGGUGCAGUGGAUGAGCAGAUGGCGUUCAGUGACCAGCAAAGCAGGGGUGAAGAGAGGUGCCGGGGGAGGGGAAGCGGUGAAGAGCGGUGCUGUGGGAGGAUGGGAGUGGGAUGUAGCAGCAGUGGGGGGCGGGGUGGCUGCGAUAAGAGGCGGGUGGGGAGCAGUGAGGGGGCUGUGCUGGCAGGGGUGGCGGAGGGGGGUGAUGCGCUGGUGACGUCAGCACGGCCAAGGGUGGAGAAAGACAGGGCGCAGUGUGAAAUGGAGGAGGGGGGAGGGCGCUGGGGAGGAGUGGAGGGCGACGGGGGAGGAGGGGAGGAAAGAAGGAAUGAAAUAGGGGAGAUAGGAGGAUGGGAAAGAGGGACGGGACAAAGGGAGGGCAGAGAUGUGGGAGGAGAGGAGAAAGGAGAGGAGGAAAGAGGGGAGGAAAGAGGGGAGGAAAGAGGGGAGGCAGGAGAGGAGGAAAAAGGGAAGGGAGGAAAGGAAGAAAGAGGGGAGGAAAGAGGGGAGGUAAGAGAGGAGGAAGGACGGGAGGGAGCGAGCAAGGGGCAUUGCGAGCAGGCAGUGUGGGAAGGGCGGGUGAGUGUGAGGGGCGAGGUGAGUGUGAGGGGCGACGUGAGUGUGAGGGGCGAGGUGAGUGUGAGGGGCGACGUGAGUGUGAGGGGCGAGGUGAGUGUGAGGGGCGACGUGAGUGUGAGGGGCGAGGUGAGUGUGAGGGGCGACGUGAGUGUGAGGGGCGAGGUGAGUGUGAGGGGCGACGUGAGUGUGAGGGGCGACGUGAGUGUGAGGGGCGACGUGAGUGUGAGGGGCGACGUGAGUGUGAGGGGCGAGGUGAGUGUGAGGGGCGACGUGAGUGUGAGGGGCGACGUGAGUGUGAGGGGCGACGUGAGUGUGAGGGGCGAGGUGAGUGUGAGGGGCGACGUGAGUGUGAGGGGCGAGGUGAGUGUGAGGGGCGACGUGAGUGUGAGGGGCGAGGUGAGUGUGAGGGGCGACGUGAGUGUGAGGGGCGACGUGAGUGUGAGGGGCGACGUGAGUGUGAGGGGCGACGUGAGUGUGAGGGGCGACGUGAGUGUGAGGGGCGACGUGAGUGUGAGGGGCGACGUGAGUGUGAGGGGCGACGUGAGUGUGAGGGGCGACGUGAGUGUGAGGGGCGACGUGAGUGUGAGGGGCGACGUGAGUGUGAGGGGCGACGUGAGUGUGAGGGGCGACGUGGCAGCUGCACUGGACCGCGCAGCCACUGCCAUGGUCCGCAACGACGAUGCUGGGCGCAAUGGUGGCGCCGCACGCUGGGCAGCAGGAGGGGCAGCAGGAGGGGCAGCAGGAGGGGCAGCAGGAGGGGCAGCAGGAGGGGCAGCAGGAGGGGCAGCAGGAGGGGCAGCAGGAGGGGCAGCAGGAGGGGCAGCAGGAGGGGCAGCAGGAGGGGCAGCAGGAGGGGCAGCAGGAGGGGCAGCAGGAGGGGCAGCAGGAGGGGCAGCAGGAGGGGCAGCAGGAGGGGCAGCAGGAGGGGCAGCGGGAGGGGAGGGGCAGCAGGAGGGGCAGCGGGAGGGGCAGCAGGAGGGGCAGCGGGAGGGGCAGCAGGAGGGGCAGCAGGAGGGGCAGCAGGAGGGGCAGCAGGAGGGGCAGCAGGAGGGGCAGCAGGAGGGGCAGCAGGAGGGGCAGCAGGAGGGGCAGCAGGAGGGGCAGCAGGAGGGGCAGCAGGAGGGGCAGCAGCGGGGCAGUGGAGGGGCGAACAGGCGGCGGCGGCGGCAGCUGUGGAUGGUGUGGGAUGGCGGGCGGCGGAGGAAGAAGCCCCGCUCCGCACAAGAAGGAACGUGGCCGGGCAGUGCUGGUGGCACUGCUGCCCCCUCGCCUCGUGCUCAUUGCAGUGCUGCAGCCACACGUGGCGGUGGGUGCGCUGGCAGCAGUGCCAGUGAGAAGAGCAGCAACAGCGAGUGGCGCUGGGCGUGGGAGAGCAAGGGACGGAGGAGCAGGCGGGGCAGGAGAGAGGUAGGGCACUUGUUGAUACGAGGGGAGCAGGCUAGGAUGGCGGUUGGAGCAAGGGGAGAGAAGAGGAAGGCAGAGGAUGAGGAGAGGGUGGGGCUGGGUAUGGUGGCAGCAGCAGUGAGUCCGGUGAAGCAGAGGAGGUUGGCGGAGGUGAGUGGAGGGGACGGCAGUGCAGGGGCGUUGAGAGAGGGCAGGGCUGUUGCGCGGACAAUGGAAGGUGUCGUUAUGGGAGGUGUCGUUAUGGGAGGAGGAGGCUCACAAGAGCAUGCAUGGCCUGCAAGCCAAGGCGGGACGAGGUGCCAAGGUGGACAAGUGUCUUUGGUGGACAGCAGUGCGGUGAAGAGUGGUGCCAUGCGCAGCUGUAGAGCCAUGGUGGGCCGCCAUGGGCAGGGCAGACAGGGCGGCACAGUGGAGGGGGGAGUGGAGGGGUGGAGGGCGGAGGGGCCGUGGGAAAAGGGCUUCUGGCAGCUGGUGGUGCGGCAGCGACGCACGUGGGUGUACCGACUAUCCAGCCCCAGCACUGACGACUGA